AUGAAAAUCGCCCGCCAAGGCAACCUUGUAAACGACUGUCGACACUGUUACGUGACAACUCCAAAGUUGCACUGUUGUCCCUCCUCUAAAAGACGUUACGCUUUAUUGGAGUUUUCCAAGGAACCCAGCUACACGAGGAAUUAUCCAAGAAAAGAUAUGCAAGCGACGUUAUCGAUUUGUUUAUUGAUCUUCGGCGUUUGUUUGCAAGGAGAUUUCUGUGAAAGUAAUAAAAUAUGUCGUGGAAAGCAAUACACUGUUAAAAGUGCUGAUGGAAACUUUGAAAAAUGUCAGCCUUGUGGAGUCUGCAAUGAGGGAUGGGGGCUGGAACCAAAAUGUGGAAGUAUUGUUAUAAGCCCUGUAAAUGAAACUUAUUGCCAGCGUUGCCAUGAUGGAAUAACAUAUUCUGACACUUAUGACUCUUCUCCUUGUUAUAUGUGUCAGCACUGUGCAGAACAUGAGAUUGUAAAAACAUCCUGCACAAGUGAUACAAACACCAAAUGCAGUGGAACUUGUGAAUAUGGUUAUUACUAUAAUGCUCAGGAUGCAUCACAUGCAUGUCAUGAGUGUUCUCAUUGUUGUUCUGAUGGAAAAGAUGAGAUACAAGCAGAAUGUGUAAGACAUGGCCUUGAAAAAAGACACUGCAGCCUGCGAAUGGAUACAAACUGUGGUCCUACCAUAAAACCUUCAAUUAGCAGCAAUACUGGAGAUUCAGGAAAAUUUAGGCCAAUUUACAUCCUGUAUAUUUGUAUUGGUGCACUUGUUGGUGUAGUAAUUUUACUUGUUGCAGUAUUACUUAAAAGAAGAAAUGCAGGUCAAAAUAACCUGUCAGAGGACACCAAUCCUGAGCAGGGUAUUAAGCAGCAUGAGGCCCAACCAAUGAUUCACAUAAAUGGACGUGCUGACCCUCAGCUUGACAACAGUAAUCUGACAACUCCAACACAAAGUGGAAAAUACAACCAUGAGUCUACACAAGUUUCCAGUGGCACUACACUUCACCCAGUUUUCUCUGGACUGAAUCCUGGUUACACUCAUUCCAACGCAGGAACACCUCGUGUGUCACCCAAGGGAACACCUGAUUUAUCCAGGCAGCAGGAUGGGCAGAUAAAAAUUAUCCAGCAUCCUACAUCUCAAAAACAAACAGAAAGACUGCGUGUGGAAUUCUCAUGCAAAUGUGAGGUACCUAGUGGAAUUCAAGUUUUGUACCAGUGGUUCAAAGAUGACCAAGAACUUGAGGGAAAAACCUCGGACACUCUCCUCUUGGAUUCUGUUAGAAUGCAAGAUUUUGGGUGGUACAGAUGCCAGGUUUCUUGUUCAGGUGACACAAGAAAGGAACCGGUUAAGUCAGGACCUGCAGAAUUGAAUGUUACUCCAUGCCCUGGAAAAAAAUUUAAGACUUUAGGAGAGCUCGAAUUUAAAACAAAACAUCGAGUAGCUAUGCUUCUUGAGAACACAACUCCAGGUGUUGGUGGAUGGAGGGAAAUAGCUCAUCGAAAUGGAAUGGAUGAUGAUUUAGUGAAGAAUUUGGAGACUAAACAGGACCCUGGAGAGAAGGUUGUGGACUUUUUACUGGCAUUUAAACCGGAUUUACAAGUUUACAGGUUUUGCAAGACACUCAAAGAAAUAAAAUGCUUCAAUAUUGUGAAAGUUUUAGAAGACGAGCUUGUUAACUAGUGACUCAAAGAUCAUAGUACCCUAACGCCCUAUCGUCUUUUCUGUCGGUUACCGAUCACUUCGCCGACAUGUCAACUCGCCGACACCAUUACUCAAUCAAGUCUUUCCACAGCUCUGUAAUUCCUCUAAACCAUCGCUGUUGAGAGGAAAUGUUUCAUGGUUCGUCACUCGUGGUAGCCAUGACCUGCCUCAUUUAAUGUUAUUGUCACAAAGAUGUGAAUAGGUCACUGUUCGUGCAUGCGUCAGGAAUAAAUCUUUAUUGUAGAAGGUAAAAAGUGUUUAGCCUAGAUGCGUUGUUCUAGAUGUGACAUUAUGAUCAGUGAGAUCUGAGCACGGGUUGCUAGUAUUUUUAUUGUACAAUUUUAUGAAUAAAAUACAUGCUUGUAA